AUAUGUUUUAAAUAGCUCAUCCAUUAUCCAACAUCUUAUAGUCAUUUGUAGCAUCUUACAUUUAGUAUUAUCACUAAACUCGCGGCGUAAUCCCUUCCGCUCCCUGCAUGCUAACAUUAGCUCUACGCGGAUGCUAACUGUUUGCUAGUUGCCGUUGGUAAACAAGCUAACUGUUAACGCUGAUCCCGUAAUUGUUAGUCUCGAUAGCUUUAACGCACUUUUUAGAGUCGGGUAGCUAUUUGCUCUGGUUUCAGAGAGAGAGACACUACCAUGUGGUCCAACUUUAACUAUAGGAUGUGAACACGGUGUUGUUACCUGUAGCCAGCUAUGGCACCAGGGGAUGUGGUGCCAGACCAUGUCAAGCAGGUGAAGCCCAAAGAGAAGCGUCCUGCGAACAAGGCACCGAAAGCAGACUGUGAGCCGGAUGGGUCGUUUAUCUUCGAGGCUCAUGAGGCCUGGAAAGAUUUCCAUAACUCCCUCAGACAUUUCUAUGAAGUAGGAGAGCUCUGUGACGUCACGCUGAAGGUUGGCAGUCGGCUGAUACCAUGCCACAAGCUAGUGCUGGCUUGUGUGAUCCCUUACUUCAGGGCCAUGUUCCUGUCAGAGAUGUCCGAGGCUAAGCAGAACCUCAUAGAGAUCAAGGACUUUGAUGGUGACGCCAUCCAGGACCUGGUGCACUUCGCUUACUCCUCCAAGCUCACAUUAACUGUAGACAAUGUUCAACCUCUGCUUUAUGCUGCCUGCAUCCUUCAGGUGGAAUUGGUGGCGAGAGCCUGCUGUGAGUACAUGAAGGCCCACUUUCACCCCACCAACUGCCUGGCGGUCCGUACCUUCGCUGAGAGCCACAAUCGCGUGGACCUGAUGGACAUGGCGGACCGCUACGCCUGCGAACACUUCACUGAGGUCGUGGAGUGCGAGGACUUUACCUGCGUGUCUCCCCAGCACUUGCGCACCUUGUUGUCUUCCAGCGAGCUCAACAUCCAUUCAGAAACACAGGUGUACAACGCGGCUGUGAAGUGGCUGAAAGCAAACCCGCAGCACCACGAGGCCUGGCUGGAGCAGAUCAUGUCUCAGGUGCGCCUCCCCCUGCUGCCUGUAGAGUUCCUGACGGGGACAGUGUCUAAGGACGACAUGAUUAAAGGAAACCUGAGCUGUCGCGACCUGAUGGACGAAGCCAGGAACUACCACCUGCACCUUAGCAACAAGGUGGUGCUGGACUUUGAGUACACAGUGCGCACCAUUCCCCGGAAACACACUGCAGGGGUUUUGUUCUGCGUGGGUGGCCGGGGUGGUUCGGGCGACCCAUUUCGCAGCAUCGAGUGCUACUCCAUCACCAAAAACAGCUGGUUCUUUGGUCCUGAAAUGAACAGCAGGCGGCGUCACGUGGGUGUAAUAUCUGUAGGAGGCAAGGUUUAUGCUGUCGGGGGCCAUGAUGGUAACGAACACUUAGGCAACAUGGAGAUGUUCGACCCCCUCACCAACAAGUGGAUGAUGAAAGCCUCCAUGAACACCAAGAGGAGGGGUAUAGCCUUGGCAGCGCUCGGGGGUCCUAUCUACGCUAUCGGGGGUCUGGACGACAACUCCUGCUUCAACGAUGUGGAACGCUACGACAUCGAGAGUGACUGCUGGAGCGCUGUGGCUCCCAUGAACACGCCGAGAGGAGGAGUGGGAUCUGUGUCGUUGGGGAGUUUUGUGUACGCAGUGGGAGGCAACGACGGCGUGGCGUCACUGUCCAGUGUUGAGCGGUUUAACCCACACCUCAACAAGUGGAUCGAGGUCAGCGAGAUGGGCCAACGACGGGCUGGGAACGGAGUCAGCAAACUGAAUGGCUGCCUCUACGUAGUGGGUGGUUUCGAUGACAAUUCACCGCUGAGCUCUGUCGAGCGCUUCGACCCACGAAUGCACCGCUGGGAGUACGUGUCCGAGCUGACCACCCCGCGGGGGGGAGUCGGGGUCGCCACUGUGAUGGGCAGAGUGUUCGCAGUCGGGGGUCAUAACGGGAACAUCUACCUGAACACAGUGGAGGCCUUUGAGCCCCGAAUGAACAGGUGGGAGCUGGUGGGUUCGGUGUCUCACUGCCGUGCCGGAGCCGGGGUGGCGGUCUGCUCGUCUCAUGUCAGUCAGAUCAGGGACGUCGGCCAGGGCUCCAGCAACGUGGCCAACUGCAUGUGACCGCGGCUCACUGAUCACCAGGUGACCGACUCUCAGGCCACCGUCAGAUCCGAUCACCGCACAAGCACACAACACAAAGCACACCGACAGUGACCUCAUCACUGCGUCACUGUCACUCAGCGUCAGCCUCAAACCGCUUUGGGGCGACGUUCAGUUUGCACACAGUGAUGGAGGAACUUUAGGGACGUUAUCCUGACUUGAAGUGCACAUCUGACAAAUCGGAAGUCUUCUCCGACUUUUUCUUGACUCCUGCUGGUGUUAUUUGCAAUCAGUGAUGUAGUGUUUUGUACUGUAUUUUUAUUUGUUUGACUGCCUUUACAUAGUUCUUUUAAGGGAACAUAGUAGCUGAACCUAUUUAGUAUUUAAUGCUAACGUGUCAAGAAUGAAAGGGGAUGUUUGGGGGAUUUAGAACUACUAGGUUUAACUGCACAUUGUGAAUGUGGACUGUAUAUUAGGCCAGUAUGAACUCAUUUCUUCUUUAAGACCCUAACCCUAACCCUUGUUUCUGCAGUUGUUUUCAUUUUAGAGAGUAAUGUGACAGAUAAGUGAAAAAACAUCCUCAGACCGGAUUCACUUUAUUUGCAGUGCAGCGUGUGCAGCGUGUGCAGCUGAAGCGUUUUCCUCAGCAGGAAUGUGAUGAUAAGAUGUCAAUAACGUUUCCAAGAUUCCUGAGAUCUUAUGCUAAUCAGUAAGACUUUUUAAAAGGUGUGUUUCAGAAUGAAUCUAGCAGCUGCAGCGAGCUGGAUCACACUGCAGCCGCUGCCUGUUAAUAUGUUUGGGACAAUCAGGUGUAUGAGGCGACGGGUCCAAGGAAUGCCCUGCUGCAAAUGCCAAGCACCAAAACGCGCGUUCCAGGACGCUGUCGAUGCAAAAUCUGGUUCAACGCCUGCUGAAUCCUCAGUCCUGCACCUCCACCUCAGAGUAGAGGAAGGUUUGACUAGCUGAGGCUGAUCAGAGCAAUACGGUGCGCCUCUCCACUUCUUUUCCAGUUUUACAUUACUGUACAGACCUGCUCAGACUGACAGAAGAUUUGUGUUUGACGAUAGCUGGACUGUCAGAAAUCCUAAUCAGAGUGCUUUCAGAUGUGGGAGAGGCAGCAGAGGUUUGCAGACGGUUGCGCUAUAUUUUAAUAUAUGGACAUUUUGUAUAAUAAUAAAGUAGGUGUAUCUUUGGUAUUAUCCUUUACUACACUCUUAUCUAAUCCAUUGCUGUGCACUAUUUUCCUAGAUUAGAUGUGAAGUCUGAGAAUAUUUUUGUCCUAAAUGGAGACUUUCCUGUUAUUCAUGUUAUAAGUUUUAAGAUGUUUAUUUAACACUCUAUUUCUACCUAUCUAUCUAUGAAACAAUUAAUUCCUACACACAAUUUUCCUAGAGCAGACCUGUUAUUGCACAGUUUAUGUCCUUCCGUUAUCAUUUUGGUGCAUAUUAUAAACAUGGCAAAUCAUUUUUACACCAAAACUUUAAAACUUGAUGCCAACUUUGUUAGCAGGGCCAGAUACUCCUUUUGUAAGUCUUUUGUAAACUCUGCUGUACUUUGUGUCAUUCUUCCUUUUCUUCACUACUUCCAUUUGUUAUUUUUAUUUACAUGGUAUUGGUACAUUGGUGAAUAAAGUUAUGUGUAAACAUUA